AUGUUCACUGCCAUAGGGAUGUGUGUUGAAGAUCUGAUGUUAGACAAUGAUGUUCCUUUGGAAACAAAAUCAGUGUGUGGCGUUCUGUACAUGUAUAUGUAUAUUGUAGAGAAUGGACCCGACAGUUGGCUAGAUGUCUUGGAUCCUUCCACUUGCAGUGACUCUCUGCUAAACCUGAUGGAAGUCGAAGCAUCCCAACUAUGUUUAUAUUCGGCCUUAGCAACAGUUGUGUCAGUGGAUAAACUGGAGGCAGUAUAUGUAAAAGGUGAUCCGGCUAUCCUCAGCUUGCUGUCUAAGAUUUUGGAGAUCAGCGAAAGGAGUUCGUUAGAAUCAGUCAUUCUUGGCGUCGCGCGCACUGUUCAUCAAAUGAGUAAAAGUCUUGAGAAAAUAAAGGUCACAGCCACAGGGCUGAAGAUAGUGGACUCCCUGAUGAUGUUCGCGUGGUCCCACCUAGACCACUACAUGGACAGCGUGGGGCAACUCACUUCGCAGAUGUUGGACCUUGUGCUCAACUAUUGCGCUAACUUGGGCAGAAAAGUCGAUAAUGACGAAAGCAGCGACGACGGUAGCAAGCUAAGUGAAAGCAAACCUUCGAAUGAGAUCCAGAAAGAUGCUGUCCCUGCAGAAAUUAAGGAACAGAAAACCAAACAGGUUGUUCUCAACGUUGUGACUGAAAUAAAAGAAAGAAAGAUAGAAAAAUAA